CAUCUCCAGCCCUCACGAGUAUCCAGAGCUGAUAAAAGAGCAUCUUCUAGCCAUUCUGAGAGAAAACGGCUGCUUUGUUAUUGGUGAAUCUCAGGAUUUUACAAGACUAAUCAAGAACAAUGAGUGCAUCCAAACUUCAGGAAAAAAGGGAGGUGAGAAUCGGACACUCUCUGAAUAAGAAGGAGGAAGAGUUCGUAAUCAAAAGGAGAGAAACGGUUUUUCAAAGUCUGCAGAAACUCAACAUACCCUGCAGUCAGGAUGCGGUGCCACACAUAGCAUUACUGGGUUCUGGAGGAGGACAAAGAGCCAUGGUGGGUUUGCUGGGAUCCCUGGUUCAGCUUGAUAAAGCGGGUCUUCUGGACUGCAUCCUUUAUCUGAGCGGAGUCUCUGGAUCCACCUGGUGCAUGGCCUCCUUAUACCAAGAACCAGACUGGUCCACCAAACUAGAGACCGUGAAAGACAGAAUCGUCGAGAGAAUCAAAGGUCCACAAGUCAGCUUGACAGACGCAAUGGCCAAACUGAAGAAAUAUUACUACGGGAAAGACUUCUUCAGCUUGACUGACCUCUGGGCAGCGGUCGUCGUCACAGCAUAUGUGAAAGAGAUCGACGAACACACACUCACAGAUCAGUGGGACCAUAAAAACCCGUUUCCCAUCUACACAGUGAUCGACAAGCAAUGCAAACAGAGCAUCAAGGAGAAAGACCCCUGGUUUGAGAUCAGUCCACAUGAAGCUGGUUAUUCCCUCACUGGAGCGUUUGUGGAAACCUGCAACUUUGGCAGCCAGUUUGACAACGGCUCAAAGAAAAAACACCAGCCUGAAAUGGACAUGCUGUACCUGCAAGCUCUGUGUGGCAGUGCUUUAGCUGAUGGAAAGGAGAUUAAGAAAUUUCUCUUGGAAAAAAUAAAAGAGUUCUUUAAACAUUUAUUACCUACAAUACAAACAGAAAUGUUUGAGGAAAUGAGGAAAGACCCAAAAGCUCCACCUGUAGAAAAGUGUUUCCAGGUGCUCAUGGAUCUCAUGGACAUGAAUCUCUCUGUUUUAAAUGUCAAAGAUCCUUCUGCUCUUGAUCAAUCCAUCAGAACAACACUGAACAAGCUCGGUGGAGGCAAACAUCAGCUGAUUUUUCCUAUAGAAAAACUGAAUCUCGCUGAUAAACAAGCUGCAAAACGAUAUAUGAAGCAACACACUGAAGAUGUGUGUAAUAAUUUGAGUCAUUGGUUCCGUUUCUGGCCUUUCAAUAAAACAGCACUUUCCAAUCUUAAUAAAAGUGAGACGAGAGACUAUGAAGAUGCCGGACUGUUGCUGAACUCUCCUUUCUUCUCAGUGCUGAGAAAAGAAAGAAACACUGACCUCAUCAUUUCCCUGGAUUUCAGCAAAAGCGAUCCUUUCACGACAGUGAAGCAAACUGCUGAGAUGUGCAAGAAACUAAAGAUCCCUUUCCCUGAAGUCAACAUUCCCAGUGAAGACCUGGAGAAACCAAAGGACUUCUAUGUGUUCAAAGGCCAAAACGCUCCGACUGUGAUUCACAUCCCUCUCUUUAAUGUGGUCAACUGUGGAGAUGAUAUUAAGACCUGGAGGAAAAAAUAUCACACCUUUCAAGAUUCUUACAGUGCUGAAAAGAUUACUGAUCUUAUGGAGGUCGCUGGAAAAAACAUCUCAAACAACAGAGAGAAACUGAAGGAGCAGAUUGCUGCGGCCGUUGGGAAAAAAGCACACAACUAAUGAGAAUCUGAAGAGCGCACAAUGUUCUGAAAUGAAGAGGCAAAGUCAUUACUGUUUGUUUUAAUGUUUUUCUUUUUUUACGUAAAAUGAUGUUCCAGUUAUAGUUAAUGUUGACACAUUUUUUUUUCAGAU